UCGACAGAAGUCGAAAUGCUGUGGACACUUUUUUCUUUCUAAGCAGCUUUUUGGUGAUGUACAACUUUCAAAAUAUGAUAUCAAAUAAACGUCCAUUCAAUUUGUGGAAAUUUUAUUUAAGUAGAUAUUUCAGAAUAUUUCCUGUAGUGAUUACAGUUUUUCUAUUUUAUAUAACUUUGGGAAAAUUUUGUGAACAUGGAGUAUAUCAUCCGGAUAACUUACAUGAUAUUGAAGUUUGGAGAGAAUAUGCCUGGUCACAAUUUAUUUGUAUUGCUAACUUUUUUUUAGAAAGUGGAAUGUCAUUUUCACUUGCGCAUUUAUGGUACGUUCAUUGCGAUAGUCAACUGUAUCUGUUUACGCCUAUUGUAUUUCUGUUUUAUCUGAAAUUUUCAAAGAAAACUAGCUUAGUCUUCAUGUUUUUGGCGCUUUUCAUAUCUAUAUGCACUGUUUUUAUUGUCGGAUAUUUGAUUACAUAUCAAUAUACUGUUGUUUCAGCGGAAUAUUCAGCCUUGUAUAAGAUGCCUUACUUUCGAGCAAAUCCAUGGAUUUUAGGAUUGAUAUGUGCGCAUUUUUACAUUCAAAUGAUAAAAUCCCCAUUAAAAUUGAAUAAAAUGUUUUUUGAAGGAAUACCAACAAUUUAG